UAAAAAAAGAAAUUCAAUGCAUCUUGCUUCUUUUCAAUACAGAAAAUAUAUUCUUUUUGGAAUUAACAAAUACAAGCACACAAGGAUGCCAAAAUAUUUGGGUGUGAUGAAGAUGUUUAUCCAGAUGCCACAAACAUUUUUGACAGCCAUCCGACUGUGUUCAUCAUCAUCACAACCUUUAAAUUUCCUUGAAUUGAUAGUGAAUUUUGACAAAAAGAAAAAGACACCUUUUUUUGGAAUUUAUCACUGCGGCAAAUGUAAGAAGGGUUGGUGUAGUGCCUUCAGCUACAAAGGUGUAUGGCAGCAAUGCAAACGAUGCCAAUCUCUAUGUUACCCAUUUAAGAAGAAAGAUGGAAAUGUUAGGAGAAAACAUCCAAGAAAUUCAGCUAAUUCUCAUAGGCAGGAUCUUUGUGGAAUGUGUCACAAACUAGGCUACAACUGCAAGGACAGUAUAGAAGAUGGCAUUGCUAGCAAAUGAUUGCAGGUGUUCUAGUAGUUGAUCAGUCUCAUUCACACUAGAAAAGAAGUGCAGCGGGUCUCAUUCAAUUGUUAUCAUUCACACAGUACAUAUCUUUAU